AUCGUGACCGACUUACACGCCCACCUUCAGCGUGUCGUCGUACGCUCGUGGGCAGCAGGCCGGCAUCCUGUCCAUUCCCCCAGUGCCGCCAGAGCGCAAUCGUGCCUCACCAACGCCAGCCAACGAGCUACUACUGCACUGCACUGGGCAACCGGCGGCAGACCACCGCCACCUUCAACUCGCCAUCGCUCUGUGGGCAGCUCGACUACCACCACAUCCCCAUCAUGGCGCCCUCCUUUCACUCUGCAGCCGCACGCCCGCGCUCCAACGAGUCUGCUCGUCCUCCAACCCGCGGUGACGACAACAAUCUGGAGAUCCCCAACCGCACCUCCUCCCUGCACUCGCGCAUCGCGCAGCCAAUUCCGAGCACAAUGCCUCCGGCCAAGACUGGCUCGCGCGCUCCCAAGACAUUGACGCACGCAUACAUGGUAUGCGGUGUGGGACGAGAGCCAUCGCAAUGGGUGAAGGCACCCGCUCCGACCCACGGCAAAAUCGGCCACAUGAAGGCUUCGGUCGGUCAGUUCUGGCUUCCAGAGAUUCUUGGAAGCAGCCCUCGAUUGGAGCAAGAUAAUGAAAUCGCCAGAUCACUCCAUGCUGCAAUGAGAGCAUGUUUCCCCCAUGAUGUCGAGAUAUGUACGGGCGCAAGCCAACCUCACUGUGUGCACCACGCAUUUGUCCUGCAGCAGGAUUCCUCGCACACUCUCUAUGGCAUCGCACUCAGGGUUUGGUCGCGUGCCGACGAGAAGCGUGCGGAGACCAUCCGAGAUCUGCGCAAGCGCACGGAACCUGACUACUAUGACACUCCCGGCGAGACCUACUGGAUUCCAUACUGCUUGUCCUUCCUCUCGCGUUAUCCAUUGUACAAUUUACUGGGUGACUACCUGCGAGGCAUGUGGAUUCACUGGAACAAGGCCACCAAUUUGUUCCACGCAGAGGAAGUUUCCAGGAUAUUGAGCUUUCCCGCUCCACGCCUGAACGAUCUGGUUCGCAUUGACAUGAAGGAUUAUGCGCUCUGCUACCAGUUCCCUGCCUCCCCAACUGGUUUCCAGAACUUUGCAAUGUGGCCUCUGUUCAGCUGUCUUUCAAUCCCCAAUAUCCUAGGCGUUUUGGAGGCUGCCGUGUCGCCAACCAGAAGGAUCAUCUUCAUUUCGCACUACCCUGCCAUGUUGACCGUGGCUACCGAGACUGUCCGCUUCAUGGUUCGCGUCUACGAAUGGAGUGGCCUGUACGUCCCUGUCGUGCACGCCCGCCAUGCAAAGGAGCUAGUGCAGGAACCUGGACCUUAUAUCCUGGGCGUGACUGCCGAGUGCCGAACAUUGUUCACAGCGCCAUCGGAUGCUUUGGUGGUCGACCUCGACCGGAAUUUCGUACUCACAUCCAGUCCGCCAAACGCCUGGUCAGCUAAGCAGAGGUCCAAACUCAUCAACCGGAUGACCCAGGCCCUCAAUGGCGAUGUUGUGCCCUCCGGUGUGCCGCAGCACCUCCGCUCUGCCUACGGCGGUGGCAAACUCAUCCCGGCUGGUCAAAUCAUUGUCAUGCGCGGCGAAGUGGAGAGCGUGCAAGAUCCAGGCUGGUGGAACCAGGAAGAGCUCAUGAGAGUCAUGGAUCGUGCUUGCGAGAAGCUGGGCAAGAACAGCGGACUCAAGUCGGUCUUCGGCGGAUCUCAGAAGAAGCCUCUCAUGACCAAGGUUUCUAUGAGACACCUCAACGAGAUCGUUCGUGAGAGGAACCAGUACUCUCGUGACGCGAUGGAGGCAUGGCAAGACUUCAUCAAUUUGAAGGGCCGCAUGGACACCGAGCUCGCCAAGGUCACGAAGCGUAAUAACUUUUUGGUCGAGGAAUUGGAAAGCUGGAAGCAGCAGUUCUUGAAAUUCCAAGCAUUUGCCGAACAGCUGACGAAGGAAACGAACGACCUCAAGGUGAAGAUCGAGAACCACAAGCGCGAGAACCGCCGCCUCACCAGCAUGAUCGAUCAGCAGAAAGACGAUGCUGCGCGGCUCACAGUCCGCCUCUCCGGAACCGAGAAGCAAAGAGACGACGCGCUCGAGGCACUCGUUUUGCAGCAGGAAAUCGCAGAAGAGCUGGAGCGAGAGCGGAAGAGAAACAAGAAGGACCUUUCGGCGCUGCAGCACACCAAUGCUACCCUCCUCCGACAACGCGACGAGGCACAGCGCGUCGUGUUGCACCUUCGUGCGCUCAUCGACGGACAAGCUCACCACAUGGAGCACAUCGUCAAGUCGCUCAACGACGCUCCAGAAACUGCCGAAUUCGUCGACGCUGAUGAGGAACUCGAGGGAGACAAGUCGCCUGUCAAGGAUGAGAACGAAGUCGGCCUCAAUCGUGGUAUUGGUGGAAUGGGUGGUUCCAGAGGGUCCUCCAGGGCAAGCACGCGUCUGUCACAGUAUGGUCGCAUUGAUGGUGAGGACAUCUCUUCAGCCAUGGAGCCUCGCCUUUACUCCACUUCGGCUCCCCGCAAGCGCUUUUCUGAACUCAGCUUGACUGAUGUCGCAGAUCGCCAUCUCCGCGACAAGACGGAGUCGAUCGCCUACAUCAUUCGCAACAUCUCAGAGCAGUGCGCCGCUGCCGUCGAAGGUCUCGACCUCGCACGACGCGCCGAUACUUCGAGCGCCACCAGCGAAGGAGGCGACGACGAUGACAGGCCCGAGUCCAAGAAGAAGCGCGGCAAGAGACCGGCGAAGAACCUCACGCCCGUUUCCGUGGACGGCGACCAUGACAACGACCAGGCCAGCGUGGGGUCUGAGUCCGAAUACGGCGAUGGCAAGAGCGAGGGCACUGGUAGCUACCUACAUCCGAAGCGCGUGUCUGGCACAUCUUCGACAUCCGGCACUUCCAACGUGCCACCAACACCAGACCUUGUACACGACCGCAGCUCCACCAGCAUGAGCUCAGUGAGCGAGAGCACUGCCGCAACACCACAGCGGUCGAGCUUGAACAGCGUAUACAAGAACCAAGAUGUCCCCGAGGUGCCAACCCACAUUGCCGAUCAAGAAGAGAUCGAUGUCGGUCACCGUCUGGAGGAGAUUGUCGAGGAGCCUGUCACCAAGUUCAUUCCUCAAGGUCUUGAGCACCGACGAAGCCCGCAGGAAACGGCGUGACUCCUUAAACCGCGGUCGUCUCGCGGUCGCUUCCCAGUCGUUACGAUCUUGAAUUAAUUGAUUGUGGACAUUUACUGCCAGAAAAGCAGGAUCUUGCAUGGCGUUGAACAGGAGCUGAACGGGGUUUUACGAGAAUCAUCUUGGUGCCAUGUCUGUCUUUGCCGGACACCGAGACGCUUGCACGCUUUUGUUUUGUUGUUUCUAAGCUGAGAUACUCCCUUUUGCUUGUGCUUUGCCGAGACACCGGCAACAUCUUUGUAACGUCACUCGUUCUCACGGCCUGAAACUAUCUAAUACUAUGAUCUGGUGGAGGUGGAGGAGAUGUGUACGAUCGUAUGUUCGGCGAUGUAGUUCAGAUAGCAGUCUGCUGUUUGUAUCAACGCUGUCACGCGAGGAAAGUGCAUGCUG